AUGGCAUCCUCGUCGUCGACCCCUUCCACCGUCUCCAAACGCGAUCGCGACUCUUCCUCAGCCAAAAUGAGCUCCUCCAACCAGGCGAAUGCUGGUGGCAGCACCACGAGUACCACCAACAACACCACGAACGAACUCUUGGAGAAGCUUGGUUCUGUGCUGCCAAAAGACCUCAAGUUCUCGAUCCACCACUUAUCGACACCACCCACCCGCACCGAUGCUCUCUACGCAGCUCCCCCGGGAGAGAAACCCGACAAGACAUACUGCGAGAAGCACUUCCUCGCCCUCUCGAUCGAAGUUCCCGUUAGCGGUGCCAUCAAGCGUGCGUCCCCGGGAGCUGAUGAGGUCAAGUCGACCGAGACGACAACGAAACAAGUCAUUGCCUUCGCCAUUGAGGUUUUCAUCUUUACCACAGCCUUCCAGACAGUGCUCUUCGUCUCCAAGGCCGACUCGACCGGUUACCUCCAUCUUCUCAAGCUACCACGAGGAGGUCCUUCUCCCAUUAGCGAAGUCAGCUCGACCUUCGUAUCCUACCUCAUUCAACACCGACGACGGAAAAACAUUGUCUCUGUCGUCAACCUCUUCGGUCGUGCGCAGAACCAGUACCUCUUCCCAGGCAGUGGUGAAAACGACGGAAUCGGGCCAGGAAGGGAGAAGCACAUUCUUAGUGACAGGGGUCUGAUCAGGUGGUGGUGUCGAGUUCUCAACCCGCUUCUGGAGGAUCAGCGCAAGGAUGACCGAGUUGCGGCUACCAAGGGAUACCUCCUUGUCCCUGGCCUUGAAGAGCGAGACAUGCGCGCCUUCCUUCCACGGACUGUCACAAGCGCCAACGACUGGGAGAUCGGCCACCCCAUGGAGAGGAUCUCCCAUUAUACUCAGGAAUUCGACUGGGUGCCGCCUAGGUGUCUGAUCCCUCGAUACCCAGACGACCCAAAGUCCCGGUAUAGGGAUGAGCUUGACGAGGAGUCUGCAAAGUGGAAGCAGGAUAUGGGCACAUGGAAGAGCAUCAGGACGUUGAACCAGUUUUGGGAUACCAUGGCCUUUAGGCAGGAAUGCUCAUCCGGACGACUGACAGGGUUCAUCUGGUUAGUUUUUGACCCCAAGGAGUCGGAAGCAGAAGAACAGGCGACACAAGCCACGACGGGUUCGUUUUCAACGUCGUUUGCAACUGCGCCACUUAUGACCCCUACGGGCUCGUUCGACCCUUCUACCGCCUUCCCACCUUCAACUCCACCAAAGCGUCGUGCUGAUGCACCGGCUCGUACGCCGCAGGCCAGUCCGCUAAAGGCCUCUUUCACAGCUGACCAAGCUCCUGCCUCUCAACAAGACACCCAAAAGGAGUCGAACAAGAAAGAGAAGGAGAAGAAAAAGAAGCUAAAAGGUCGCAUCACCCCUCGUGUUCCCAAAGUCAAGAAACAUCAACGGAACUACCUCUUCAAGCGACCCAACACAACAGCCUACUACCACUGGCCGGUCGAGGGUCGUGGCGACCUCAUCGUAGACGAGCACGACUACAAGCGCGUGGUGGAGCUACUGCUGCAGCUUGACUUCGAGACACUAGAUAAAGCUUGCAGUGCAACCAAGCGAUGGAUCAGCGAGGCCGGCAUGGGUGCCAAAUGGGGACAUGAGGUUGUUGGGAGGCGGGUCCAGACUGUGACGAGUGCCACUGUUGGUCGGGGAAGUGCGGCUCCAGUUAACAACUUGACAGGAUUGGUGAGGAAGAAGAAGCCGGCUGCUGUUGAGACUGGCGCGGCGGACGUGAAGACUAAUGGGCUUGAGGACCCGUUCACCGAGAAGGGGACAGUAGGUGAUGCUGUGAAUACAUUGGUGCUUGAAGCACCAAAGGUGAACGUGCUGGGAGCUGGGUUGAUUCGGAAGAAGCCCAAGACAUCAGCUUAA